UCCACCAGCUCCUCUUCGGCGGCAGUGGCGGAGGGCUCUGGUCGAAGACGGCGGCUCGGUCUCCCGCCCUCGCGGUGGCAUUCACUGCCUUGGCCGGCCUUGCGGUUCUAGCCGCCGUGCUCUACUCUGCCGCCAGUAGGUAAAGACAGAAAAAAGAAAACCCGAUUGAUUCAGUAGCGAGAGGAGAGGAGAGACUGGGACGGUUUUACUGUGGGGAAGAACCCUAGCGAGCUGUAGAGGUCCGGGCGUGUUCUGGUCCUCCUGUAUCGGUUGUAGUGUGUUAGAUGAAAGCUCUAAAGCGGAGUCACACUUCGUCUUCGAAUUCGUCCUCUCCGUCUUCGUCGUCGUCUUCCUCGUCGUGGAUUCAUUUGCGUUCGGUCCUCUUUGUCGUCGCUAAUUCUUCACCAGCUUCCUGUUCUUCUUCCUUUGAUCGGGGCCGUCUUAAAUCACCAUGGUCUCGCCGUAAAAGGAAGAAUGUACUCUCACCCCAGCAAUGGAGAACUUUGUUUACACCUGAAGGGAGACUCCGGGAUGGUGGAAUUAAGUUUCUCAAGAAAGUCCGUAGUGGAGGCAUUCAUCCAAGUAUAAGGGCAGAGGUUUGGCCAUAUCUUCUUGGCGUGUACGACUUGAAGAGUUCCAAAGAGGAAAGAGAUGCAAUAAGGACUCAAAACAGAAAGGAAUAUGAAAAACUCCGCAGGCAAUGUCGGCGGCUGUUGAAACAAUAUGAUCGGACAUAUAGCAGCAAGCAAUUAAGUGGGAAGCUUAUCCAAGACGUGCAUUCUCCUAGUUCUGAAGAAGUGGAGAGUGCGAGAGAAUCUCUUUCGAGUGGAGAAAGGACCCCAGACGAUGGGACGGUGGAUGAUUCUAGUAGCAUGCUGUUGGAAGGAGACAAUAGCUCGAGAAGGAUUACGAAUGCUGGUGGUUCAACCCUGAACACCGACUCUUCGGAGACAGACUCCUCUGACGAUGCUGAAGUGAUAAGAGCUUCACCUGCUUCAGACGGCAGCAGGGAAGAUGACGAGUCAGAUGUACCGACCAAUGAGGAGAUUUCUCCUUCCACAAAGACUGGAAUUCAGUCGCCAGUUAGAACCACUGAAGACUUCGCCACGUGGCAGCGGAUCAUUCGUGUAGAUGCGGUCCGGGCAAACACUGAAUGGAUCCCAUACUCCUAUUGCCAGGCUACAGUAUCAGAGAAUCGGGCCCGCCGUUCUGCUGAGGCUGUUGGGUUGAGGGACUAUGAUCAUCUGGAACCACAUAGAAUCUUCCAUGCGGCCAGGCUAGUAGCGAUUCUCGAAGCCUAUGCGCUGUACGACCCAGAAAUUGGAUACUGCCAGGGGAUGAGCGAUUUGCUCUCCCCAAUAAUCGCCAUCAUAACAGAGGACCAUGAGGCCUUCUGGUGCUUCGUGGGCUUCAUGAGGAAGGCUCGUCAUAACUUUAGGCUUGAUGAGGUGGGUAUCAGGAAGCAGCUUAAGAUUGUCUCCAUGAUCAUCAAGUUCAAGGACUCGCAUCUCUACCGUCACUUACAGAAGCUACAAGCGGAGGAUUGCUUCUUUGUUUAUAGGAUGGUGGUGGUCCUCUUUAGGAGGGAGCUCACUUUCGAGCAAACCAUGUGCCUGUGGGAGGUCAUGUGGGCUGAUCAGGCAGCUAUCAGAGCCGGGAUUGGGAAGUCUGCCUGGAGCCGUAUAAGACAGCGAGCCCCGCCCACCGACGAUUUGCUGCUGUAUGCUAUUGCAGCUUCGGUGUUGCAGAGGAGGAAGCUUAUCAUAGAGAGGUAUAACAGCAUGGAGGAGAUAUUGAGGGAGUGCAAUAGCAUGGCUGGGCAGCUCGAUGUGUGGAAGCUUCUAGACGAUGCUCAUGACUUGGUAGUCACCCUCCACGACAAGAUAGAGUCGUCUCUCUGAUAUCUUUUGUGCUGAGAAGGCAAGAAAACAAUUAAUUUUUGCUAAUUUAUUUCCGGAGUGGUCUCAAUUGUGGGAGAUCUUGAAAUCUCUUCACAAGAGACCCUCAUCUCGACAAAACACUGCUCUGUCUGCUCACAGCUCUCGUUUAAGGUUCGUAGUAGCGGUGGAGGCGGCAUUGAGCAGAGAAUACCAGUUUAUUAUCGGCUAUGGAAUACAAUCCCUUCUGUAUACCGUACAGAAUAUUUGCUCGGUAGAACUAUGAAGGCAGUCGAGGCAAGUAGGAACUGUUUUAACACAUAUACUGGUCCCCUGUUUUCCUUUUUCUUCUUUGGGUUUCCGAGCAAUUGAGACUAAACAAUGUUUCAAGAAUCUGUUUAUAUCCUUGGUCCUGUAAUUCAUCUCGGUUGGAAGGGUCAGCAUCGAGAUGUAAUUACUCGAGCUUUCUCUAAGAAUGGAAAGGAUGGUUUAUUUUCUCAAA